CACCCAGGGAAUGAAGCGAAAACGACAAUUUUAUUGAAUUAAUGUGUGCAGGUUUUUUUGUAAGCCUGAAUUAAUAGUAAUGGUGAUGUUAUAGCCUGUUGCAUACAGUUGAGUUUAAUUUUGUACACGUUUUGUACGAAAACACACUAUUAUAAUUUAUGACGAUAUUGUAAUAUUAUAAUUUCACUGAAUAAAUUCAGAAAUUAGUAAUAAUAAUUCUCCAAUAAGGUAUUUUCAACACACUUGUGUUAACUUAAGAUUUAUUCGCCGAUCGUCAUGGCGUGUUGUGGCAGUCCAGAAGCGCAGGAACAGAAAAGAAUCAAUCAGGAAAUUGAGAGACAACUCCGUAAAGACAAAAGAGAUGCUAGAAGGGAAUUGAAACUACUUUUAUUGGGGACAGGUGAAUCUGGUAAAAGCACCUUCAUUAAACAGAUGCGUAUUAUUCAUGGCUCAGGUUAUUCUGAUGAAGACAAACGGGGUUUUAUCAAGAUAGUGUACCAAAACAUAUUCAUGGCUAUACAGAGUAUGAUAAAAGCCAUGGAUAUGUUGAAAAUACCUUAUAAAGAUACAAAGAAUCUGGAAAAUGCAGAACUUGUAAAGCAGAUCGACUAUGAGAUAGUCACAGUUUUUGAGAGUCCUUAUGUGGAAGCUAUUAAGUCACUUUGGGCAGAUCCUGGUAUCCAAGAAUGCUAUGAUCGAAGAAGAGAGUAUCAGCUCACAGAUUCAGCUAAUUAUUACCUGAGUGAUAUUGAAAGGAUAGCAAAACCUGAUUAUCUUCCUGAGCAACAGGAUAUUCUUAGAGUUAGAGUGCCAACGACGGGCAUCAUUGAAUAUCCUUUUGAUCUUGAAUCCAUUAUUUUCAGAAUGGUAGAUGUUGGAGGUCAGAGGUCAGAACGAAGGAAAUGGAUUCAUUGCUUUGAAAAUGUGACAUCUAUAAUUUUUUUAGUUGCCUUAAGUGAAUAUGACCAAAUACUAUUUGAAUCAGAUAAUGAGAAUCGUAUGGAAGAAAGUAAAGCAUUAUUCAAGACGAUUAUUCAGUAUCCAUGGUUUCAAAAUACCUCCUUUAUUCUUUUUCUAAAUAAAAAGGACUUGUUAGCAGAUAAAAUCUUGUAUUCACAUCUUGUGGAUUAUUUUCCAGAAUAUGAUGGCCCUAAGCAGGACCACAUUGCAGCCCGGGAGUUCAUCUUAAAGAUGUAUCUGGCUCAGAAUCCUGACCCUGAUCGUAUGAUUUACUCUCACUUCACAUGUGCCACAGACACGGAAAACAUUCGGUUUGUUUUUGCAGCAGUGAAGGACACCAUUCUUCAACUAAACCUGAAAGAAUUCAACCUGGUAUAGAAAAAGAAAGUUUCUAAAUCACCAUGGGAAUUAACCUCAUCUAAUUUUCAUUUCUGAUGACACUAAGUGUUUGAUAUCACACUGCUGAGAAAAAGAGACUUAAUUUUUAGUGUGGGAAGGUGUUUGAACAUGCUGUUUGAUUGUAAACACUCCUUAUAAGACCUUUAUUGGCCCAUUUGAAAGACCUAGUAUAAAACCUGGUGAUCUGAUAUCACCCUUUCCAAGUCCUCGAAAGUUGGAAGAUUUUGAAACGUUUAUUUUUAAAACAAUUUUUCUUUUUUUUCCACUCUUCAGAAUAGUCCCUUUGCCUUUUUUAUUUUGUAGACAUGAAUAUGCUUAUGGAUAUAAAAUUGUGAGACUGUGCCAAAAUUUAACUGUUAAAUUAAGUAUGAGAUAAAUGUGGUACAGAUGACAAUGCUGCGAGGGUCUCUGUGCAAUUAUACAACCAAACAUGCUAGAUAAAAUAUGGCUGUAAUUCUGCCAUUUAAGACUGGCUUGCUAAAUUGAUGUUGGUUAAUUAAGGAGACUUCCCUUAUGAAUCCGCCCGUUAUUGGAUAGGAGUCUCCUUUAUCUAGGUGCUGAAAAUACAUCUAGCUGAUUCAGCCAUUACGAGAACAUCUCCACUUCAAUACUUACAUGUGGUGUAUCUCUUUAGCAAAGUGAAAGUUCUCUUCAUGAAAAUGUAAUACACUUCAAAGGCUGUAGCACCAGCCUUGUACUAGUCACUGUUGUCAACAUAAUUGUUUUGACACACUAAUGACAGAUCAGGUCACUGAGCUGUUUGUAAAGCUGCCAGUUUAAAUAGUACUCAGUUCACAGGAGUCCAAGUUGUUGUUGUUUUUUUAAUGUUUUUGUCACAGGAUUGCCUUUUGUAUAUGGGACCUGGAUAAAAUUAAAUAUCUAAUGAGGACUAUGUUUAUAAUGUCAGCUGUGUUAUAUAUUCAGUUAUUGUCUAUAGGCAUCUAAUAGAUUACAAUUUCAGUGUGCAUUCAAUUUUAUUGAGCAUUAUGUUUUGCACAUAGAUCAUAGACUUGUGUGUAUGUGUUGCACUUCAAUAGAUGCACAAAACAUGAUUGUUUGUGGUGGUACACAAAUUAAUUAAAACACCAGGAAACAACAAAGCUUUUCUCACUUUUUUUCUGGACAUAAACGUUACAAUUUAUUUUUUUAUUUAAACUGAAUUUACGUCAUCAUUUUUCCACUUAAGAGGUAAAAUCGUACUUAAAUGAAGAAUUUCCAUUCUGAAUGAUCUGCUUUUAUUUAUAAGUACUUUGUUAGUAAAACUGUUUUGAUAAUUCUGAUAUUAGUGAUGUUAUUCUUGAGAUAUGUUCCUCUAAAGUGCUUGACUAAGGGAGGAUGCAAGUUACCAAUGUUCGUACUGAUUACACACUUACGCAGUAAUUAUGUUUUAGUAUUCAUCUUGCUCUAUUUAUAUUUGAAACAAAGUAUGAAUCUAUGGUGUAAACAGUUUUAUCUAUGGUAUACUUUUGGCAAGUUAAAAUUUUGUAGAUAAUAUAUUAUCCAGACCUGGUCAUCGCAAUCAUCCAUUAAUGAUUAUAUCAUGAUAUUUUGUUUAAGACGAAAUUGUGCUUCCUGAUUUUAAUAAUACUAUGUAAUGUGCAUUUUAAAUAUGAACUUCUGCACAGUCA